GCCAGUCAUUAGUCUACGUACAGGAAGUGUAAGAAAGUAAAGCUGCAGAGCAGGCAGUGGGCUCUUGGGCACUGAGUUCAACAUGGUUGAAGAAGGCACCGAAGCAUCUCGUCCUUUCUCCAUAUCCCGGCUUAUGUUCACUUUAAUCUCACUGCUAGCAUUGCUGAUUGUGAUUAUAAACAUUUAUUGCAUCGAGCACAAUUAUUGUUCAAACUCUGGAUCAAAGAAUUUCUUAGAUCCAAAAUUGCAUCCAUCAAAGAAUCAGCAGAUGAUGAUAAAUAACCUUCCAUGGUUGGCCAAACUGAUAAACUGUGGCUACCUCGUUGGAAGUUUUACGCCUUCAGAAAGAGCUGAGGGAAUGUUCCUGUUGAAAAUGAUUGAAUGGACAAACUCACCUGGAGCUCGCACACCCUUUCUGAAAAGCACUGACCCGUCACAUUCUCACUUUCUUAUUUUAAACUCUCAAAACACUUUCCACAUUGGGGAUCAGUUACAGGUGAUGGUCCACAUGUAUGAUUUUUCAGGACACUCAAAGCAAUACGGAGGUGACUAUCUCCAGGCCCGGAUCCACACCCCAGAGUUCAAAGCGGGUUCAGUGGGAACAGUUGUCGAUUACCAAAAUGGAUCGUAUAAGAUCAAUUUUACUUUAUUCUGGUCGGGGAAAGUUGAGGUGUCCGUUAUUUUGGUUCAUCCCAGUGAAGCGAUUCAAUUACUUAAAUGGAUACGUGAUGAGCACAGACAUAAGGUGGCCUAUCAAAGCACCUUCAGAUCCGGGGAUAUCAGGGAGACAACUAAGUGUUAUCUUUGUUUGCCUGAUGGUGUCCCUGUCUGUAACUUUACUGAUCUCAAGACUGGGGAACCCUGGUUCUGUUAUAAACCACAGAAGCUGCCCUGCUCUGCUCGGGUCAACCAUGCUAAAUCAGGCUACAACACAUCUUACUUAAUUGGUGAUGAACGUCGUUAUUUCGCAAGCAAGGUGAAUCUCCUGAAGCCAAUAUUACCUAAAGGUCCAGGUUAUAUAACUGUAAUGAAUUCAAUUAAUGCAGGUGCAAAUGUCGGAAACUGUGUCCGUGGCAAGUCUCUGACUUCACCGUCAGGUUUUUACUAUCAGGACCAGUGGAUGUCAACACAAUGCAAUAUUCGCCGCUUCAACACUCCAGCAAACAUUACAAACUGUCUUCGGGGAAAAGUGGUUCAUCUUUAUGGAGACUCCACUAUGCGACAGUGGUUUAAUUAUUUUGCUAGAGGUCUCCCAGAUCUUAAAUUAUUUCAAUUUGGCAAUACUCCAGAGAAUGGUCCUUACACUGCUGUGGAUGUGGUGAACAAGAUCAUGGUGAAAUAUCGUUGCCAUGGCCCACCCAUUAGAUUCAAUGAUAUUUCAAGCCAACAGCUGCAUUAUAUUGCAAAUCAGCUGGAUGCAAAUAAAGGAGGAAAGAACACAAUUAUAGCAAUCACUAUAUGGGCCCAUAUGACCUUUCUUCCAGUCGCAUCUUACAUCCGAAGGCUGCAGAAUAUUCGGAAAUCAAUUGUACAGUUACUGAGCAGGAGUCCAGAUACGCUCAUUAUAUUCAAGACAGCCAAUGUCCGAGAACUUGAUCCAAUUUGGUACAGCUUCUUUUACAGUGAUUGGUACAGUUUUCACCUAGAUAAAAUAUUGAGAAAAAUGUUUGAGGGCAUCAACGUGGCAUUUGUAGAUGCAUGGGAAAUGACUGCAGCACAUUACGUGGCACACAAUGUACACCCUCCAGGAGUAAUUGUGAGAAAUGAAGUAGAUGUGUUUCUUUCACACUUGUGUCCUUUCUAACAAGUUGAGCAUUGCAUUGGGGCUGGUGCAAGAAAUACUUUUGUAAUCAGAACAUGGGAGCGUAUAAGAUUAAGAAAAUACCUUGUGAUUCAUCCAGCAGAUCCCAAAGCAAAACAAGAAAAUUAUGUACUCUAUCUCUCUCAAAUUCCUCAAUUGAUUAUUUUGUCAAAUAUACUUUACAUUUAUUGUGAAACGUCUAGAAGAACUGAAAAGCACUAUAUUAAUUGCAAGGAUUAUUAUUAUUAUUAAAUAUAUAUCUAGUGUUUCAAAACAUUAGAUACAAAUUGAACCCGCCCCAAUCUAUUAACUCUGAAAUACCCAUAAUUUCCAGACCUUCCCUUUUCCAUUAUCCUUCAGAUCUUUAGUUCUAUUCUUCAGAUUCUUGGGAUAUGUGUAAAUGGUUACCUCGAUUUCUUAUACUGACCUUUUUUUAAUUCUGACAUUUCUUUUUGUGUUCCUAUUCUUCUUUGAUUAUUUGUAUCAGACUCUAAACAAAGACUGUCUUUAAUCAUGCAAAUAGACUGAUUAAUAUUUUAUACACUAUACAUG